AUGAAUCAGCAGCAACAAAUGAAACAACAUAUUCAACAAAUACAUUUGAAUUUGAUCAAAUCAUCCCAAAUGAUUUUGAAUCGUUCGAACUCAACAUCAACUGUGAUUCUGGACGAAGCGAUUUAUGGGGAUCAAAUUCAUCCACCUGUCCCACUGUCAGCGAACCUCAGUACACCACUACGUUCAGCCCUGAAGACAAGUGGCCUAUUUAACAAAGAUUGGGAAUCAUCUGACGCAUUGAAUGAGCUUUCUGCAAAUGGUAAUCAAUUUACACUUCAUCGGCUUCUAAGUGACAUUGGUGUUAAUGAUUUGAAUUUUGACAUGAAUGAAAUGGCUAAAUUUGAUCCAAUGAAAUUUUUUGAUGUUAAAAAUAUUAGCGAAUUUUUACAAUGUGAUUCAUCCGAUCAAAUGAAUAUGUCAGACGAUAUUGAUUCAAAUUAUAUUGAUAGUAUAUUACCAUCUGCAACAGCUUGUUCAUCAGGAUCAUUUUCAGAAUUUCAUCCACCAACACCAGAACAACCACGAAAUGAAGUAUUCCAUAUAGAAACAAAUCAAUUAAAAAUAGAACCAGAUAAUUUAUUAGUUUAUACUGAAUUAAAUUCAUUUGAUAAUUUCGUAUCUACACCAUCAACAACAUCAGCUCCUAUUGCACAAGAAUUCAAUUUUGAUCCAAGUGUUUUAGCUGCUUUUGAACAUGAUUAUGGAUAUUUACCUAAACGAACAACAGUUUUUGAUACACCAUCACCAUCACCAACAAUUUCUAAACGAACACCAACACGUGGACCACGUCGUACAUCAUCUCGACUUCAAUCACGUGCUACAUUAAUUGAUUUCAAUCAAAUAUUAAAUGAAAAUACAUGUUCAUCACCAACAAUGUCUGACUGUAGUUCCAUAUCAUUAAAAAGGACUAGACAACCACGUCAUAUUCAUCGUGCUACAGAUAUUAAAACAGAAGAUGACUUAUCAUAUUAUUUAGAAAGACGUCGAAAAAAUAAUGAAGCAUCAAAAAUAUCUCGUGCAACACGAAAACAGAAAUUUGGUGAUAUGGAUUUUCGAUGUGCUGAAUAUGAACGUGUUAAUGUUGAACUUCGUAUGAAGAUUUCAACACUCGAAACUGUUACGGCCAAUUUAAAAAAUGGUCUUAUCCGUAAUUUUCAACGUAAAGGUGGUGUUGAACCAAAAUCCUAA